UCCGGGGUGCCGCACUGGACAAUUCUUUGAUUUCUUGCGCCAGCCAUGGGGUCAUCCUCGAGCUGUUGCGAGAAGAGCGGUCGCUUGGAUGCAGCUGCGGAGACGGUGGCUGCGCCGAAAGCAGCUGAAAAGGAGAAGGAGCCCGAGUGCUGCCACAAAGCGACUGAAAUGGACGUAGCUCCAAUGUGGAGUGCAGACUUGGAGGGCCUUCAGCUCGAUCACCUCAAGGUGCACUCUGAUUUGGUGCGCGGCAUUUCUUUGGCGAACGCCUUGGGGUCCCGCCGUCUCUGGCACACCUCCCCUGCUGACCUCACGCUCUCAGAGAGGGAGGGCCUUUGGGGCCGCUCUGCCAAGGUUGAGUCAUUCGACCUGUUCUUUUCGCACACCUGGAGAACCUGGGGCGGAUGGAAAGUCCUGACGCUCUCCUUUCACUUCGGUUGGAAAUGGAUGCUGGUCCUGUGGUUGCUGGCAGUGGGGAUAUCCGGGCUGCUUUCAGCAGCGGGUCUUUUGCCAGCGCCAAUCUCAUACACGCCCGGUGAGAUACUUUCCUUCCAGGCAAAUGCCGACUUCUUCCCGUGGAUCUUCCUGUCGAUUGCGUGCAUCAUGGCAUUGAGCUUUGCCGCGUUGCCAUACAUACUGGCCGUCAGCCCUAAGCCGACGAUGUGCUUUCUCGACGUGGUGAGCAUUCAUCAGACGGAUGACCACAUGAUGAGGAAGGGGAUCUAUGGAUUGGGUGGUUUCUUGUCUGUUGCAAAAGAGCUUCAUGUUCUUUGGAGCACACCUUACUUGUCACGAUUGUGGUGCAUCUUUGAGUUGGCGGCAUUUAGAAAAGCCAAUCCUUCCGGGGUGAUAGUCUUGAACCCGCUCUUCACGGCUAUUCAGACUGCCAUUUGGAUGGUGGUUUUCUUUGUGGCGACUGGCAUCUACAUCUGCUGCCUUCUCCUCAGCCAGGGUGCGCUACCUCUUGUAGGCAUUGUGUCGCUCCUUCUGUUGCCAUCUUUUCAUUCCACCCGGAAACACAUGCGGGAAAGACACGCCUUGAUCUCACAGUUGAAGAACUUCGAUGUGCAGUCAGCUGGUUGCCGUUUGGAGAAAGACAGGGAGUUCAUCUUGUCCGCCAUCCAAAGCUGGUAUGGUAGCCUUGACGCCUUUAAUGAGCACGUCCGGGGCCCUUUGCGUGAGGAGUUGUUGAAGGACUCCAAGACUGAACUGCCACUCGGCUAUGCCUUGCUGGUUUCUUCCGCACCUUCGGCCGUCCCGUUGGAUAUUUUCACUGUGCUAGUGAGGGCAGGAGCUCCUGCCGAGGUGGUGUUGUGCCAGCUGUUUGUUUGUAUGGUGCACGUCUUCUGGCUAGCGCUGGUCUUGAAUGUUGCCUGGCGUUUGUGUGCACGCUUUGCAGCUCGAUCCUGGAAGGGGUUGGACUACGUGGUGACCAUGCUGAUCUACGGAGUAGUCGUCCUUUGUUAUAUUCUUGGGCUGGCUGCCGUGCGGCGCGCGCGCAGUCGAAGUCUUCUCGCCACGCUGGCCUGUGCUGUUGCUUCCUUGUCGCUUGCACUGGCUGUUUAUGGCAAAUGCCGUUGCAGAGCUGCCCGCUUGGAUGCUGCACUCGAGGCGUAAUCCAGGUUCAGAACACAUGGCCUUGUUCCCAUGGAUGGCUUCAGGUAAAUGAAAACCCUGCGAUGCCAGGGCUUUCCAUCGGACCGGGGCAAUGCUCAGGUCUCUUGAAGGGGCCAGAUGUGGAGCCUCGAUUUUUCAUGGUGGAUCUCGGUUGGCUGCGCAGAAUCGCUCUGUAAGAGCUACUAGUGCUGAAUGGGCGG